AUGGGAAAGAGAGUGUAUUUGGAUAACACGAUUGAGUUUUUAAAGGGUAGGGUUUACCUAGGUGCCUAUGACUAUACUCCACAAGAUUCAGAUGAAGUAGUGUUUUUUACCGUUGAAGAUACGCUAUUUUACAAUAGGUUCCAUUUAGACUUUGGUCCCAUGCAUAUUGGUCAUUUGUACCGUUUUGCUGUGAUAUUUCAUGAGAUCUUAAAUGAUUCUGAUAACCAGGGCAAAGCAGUGGUAUUUUAUUCAUCUACUUCAACGAGACAAAGGGCGAAUUCUGCCUGCCUUUUAUGUUGUUAUAUGAUUUUGGUGCAAGGAUGGACUCCGCAUCAAGUUCUUCAGCCUUUGGCACAAGUUGAUCCUCCUUUUAUGCCAUUCCGUGACGCCGGGUAUUCUAAUGCUGACUUUGAGAUAUCUAUACAAGAUGUUGUCUACGGCAUCUGGAGGGGAAAGGAGACCGGUUUGGUUGACUUGAAUACUUUUAAGCUAGAGGUAUAUGAGAAGUACGAACGCGUUGAACAUGGUGAUUUUAAUCUAUUGACACCCGAGUUCAUUGCUUUUGCAUCGCCUGAAGAAGAUCUAAGGAGGCCGUAUGUUCCAGGAAGGAUGCGUUUAAAUCAGCCAUUCCGGAAAGUGCUUGAGUUUUUCAAAGAGAAUAAUGUGCAGUUGGUUGUGCGGUUGAACUCACCGUUGUACCGGGCACAGCACUUUGAAGAUAUAGGUAUUAAGCACCUUGAUAUGAUUUUUGAGGACGGUACUUGUCCGGAUCUAUCCAUAGUUAAGAACUUCGUUGGUGCAGCAGAAACAAUAAUAAACCAGGGGGGGAAAAUUGCAGUUCAUUGCAAGGCAGGUUUGGGCAGAACAGGUUGCUUAAUUGGCGCUCACUUAAUUUAUACCUAUGGAUUUACAGCUAACGAAUGUAUUGGCUUUAUGCGUUUUAUCAGGCCUGGGAUGGUUGUUGGCCCACAGCAGCAUUGGAUUUACUUGAAUCAGAAUACAUUCCGUGAGUGGAAAUACACUAUGAAGUUGAGUUUAGAACCAAGCGAUCUCAUUUGCGGUCUAUACCCAUUGGUCACCUUAGAAGAGUAUAAAUACCAGAAAAAGAAGGCCAGGAAGCCUAGGCUUGAUCGUGAAGGUGACUAUACCAUAGAGGAACACACAAUGACUCCGCCAAGUAAAACUUUGGCUAACCGCAAUAACGACUUUUCUCACAAUAUAGCUGUUCCACAAGAAUCGCCAGGCCAACCACGGAAGACUCAAGAUGGCCAGCACAUAGUGGAGAGCAUUAGCAGCACUAAUGUCCAAAAGACGAAGAAUUCUAACGCUCAGUACAUCUCGGCAACAGAUGACAAGAAUAACGCUCCAUCAUCGAUAAACCCUAAAUCGGAUUCUAAGCACAUCGAUAACCCAAGGGUCACUACUCAAGGUAACAAUAGUGAUAAUGAAGAUUCAAUGAUAAUAGACUCCAGUGGGGCUACGUCAAAGUCUCCACUGUCAUCAAUGACAAAGAAGAUAAUGACGAAUACUUCUAUGGAUGAAGAAUUUGCCUUAAGACAAGUAUUGCCCAAAAAUAGACGUUUAGCAUCGUCUGGCCUGAAUACAUCUGACAAAAGGUCAGUCAGCGGUGGUGUUAGGAAGAUAUCAGGAACGACAAAACGUUGA